UCGUCUUUCCCGCGGCGCAACAACAGAGAACCAUUUUCCUAAGCGAGCGAGCACUUUUUCUUCCCGCUAGCUUCAUUCCAUUCCCAAACCCUAGAGCUAGCCGCAUCAUGGUUAUGUUUCUAAGCCCUAAAUCUUUUCUUCUCCAAAUUUCCUUAAGGAGGAAUCGAUUGAAACGAUCGAGCGCUUUUUUCCGGUCAGCUUCACUUCAUUCCCGUACUAGAAAAGCAUCUUCCUCUUUCUCGGGUGCUCACCCUUCCAAAAUGCGACGGCGAGAAAACAAGAAGUUCCUUCCCGAAGAAGUCAUAUGGGAAAUCCUUCUUCGCUUGACCGUCAAAUCUCUCCUGCGUUUCAGGACACCUGCUGAUGUCGAGAUUAUGGGUUCUUGCCGAGGUUUUCUGUUACUAGUUGUUGAUUAACAACGAAAACGUUUUCUGUGGAAUCCUUCCAGUGGUGUCUUGAAUCGGGGCAUAUUUAUAUAUAUGUAUGGCUUUGCUUAUGAUGAGUCCACUGAUGACUACAUUCUUGUUCUUGUAUCACACUUCCUCGCUCUCUUCUCUCUCAAAACCAAAUCGUGGGAAAUACUUACUGAGGAAUGCCAAUAUAUCUAUCAAUGGGAUAUGCCGAUCGGUGGCUCAAUCUUACACGGUGCCAUUCAUUGGUUUGCUAGGUAUGUACGACAACCGCCACCUGAGUGCUUUAAAUUAUUGCUUUUGACAUAGCAGCGAAGAAUUUGCUGGAGAUACCUGUUCCUGAUGAUUAUGAAGAUGGUUCAGGUUUCUUGGGAGUUGUUGGAGGACGCCUAACACUAACUGAGAACAGUGAUGUAAUUAAGAUGUGGGUGAUGAAAGAAUAUGGAGUGAAGUCAUCAUGGACUCAUUUUUUCACCGUAUCUACUAAUCCGUGCCAUGUCGAUUUCUUUUCACCAUUUUGCUUCACCGAAGACAAUCAACUUAUUGUAAGAAAUAUUACUAUAGGAUCACUAAAAUUGAGUGCCAAAGAAGAACUCCAAGUAGUAGAUCAUCUGAAUUUUUUUCCUAGGCCGAUGUCGUUUGCGUGUGCAAGUGUAUACACUGAAAUUCUGCUUUCCGUGCCGUCAGUGUAGUGUUGUCAUUAGGAGGAGGCCCAAGAGUGAUGGUGAUCAAUUAGAAGAAUCAGGUGCUUAAUCGUAACCCUGUGCUUUUUACCUCAUACUUUCUCCAUUAAAAAAUAUAAAAUAUUUUUAAUUAAAUUUUACUCCUAAUAAAGUAAUUACUUACUUUCAAAUUAAUCUUAUCUUUUUA